AGUUGCGGAACGAGAAACGAAACGUGACAGGAAUUUUUCAAGAAUCGUCUAUAUAGCUUUUCUCUAGACACUCGCGAGUUCUUAUCGUUUUCAAAUAUCUCCGCUAACUAUCGGCAUAUUUUUUGUUUGUUCUCUCGUUUUCGGUUUUUUGUGGAUCGUUUUUUAAAAAAAGCUCGUUGUGAAGUUUAAGUGUAUUUAUUUCCUCUAUUUUCUUUCAUAAUUAAACUUCGAUGUCUUUUCUCCACGUUGCAGUGACGAUUUCUCGAUAAGGUUCGGUAUGAGUACAGGAGGUUUUCUCAACGUGGCGACAAGAUGACGAGACGUAAUGUUUUGGCGGGUGCACGCCGCGCCAUCCUCUUUGGAGGGGUCCUGGCUCUGCUUAUCCUGGCAUUGUCAAACCCGGACAAUUCUAACGAAAUAUCCCAGCCGGUUGUCGCGGAGGAGGAAACGAUGACCAUCGAGGAGCGCAUAAUGGAGGAGGAAAGGUUGGUGGAAACGGAGUAUCGACUAGCCGACAGACGUAGUUUCCUGGCGCAAAAGUGCUCGGAGGAGGGCUUGGACAGGCCUGGAAACGACUCGCUCCACAAACCGAACGCCUGGGAGUUCCUCGUUAAUAGGCAGCAUCACCUCGUCUGGUGCAACAUCUUCAAAGCCGCCUCAACCUCAUGGAUGUACAACUUCAAUCUACUCGCUGGGUACAGCCCGCAGUUUUUGAAGGCGUCAAAAGCAGUUCCGCUGACAUUGGCACGUCAGAGGUACCCGAGACCGACGGCAAAAGAACUCGCGACGUAUUUGAACGACAGUGUAAGUUUCCUGAUAGUUCGUCAUCCGUUCGAGAGACUUUUGAGCGGUUACAGAGAUAAGCUUGAACAGAGUCUGCCCAACACGUAUCACAGCAAACUUGGAGUCCACAUUUUGUCGCAUUACAGAAAAAAGACGCCGAAUGGCGGUCGCCAAGGUCCAAGAUAUCCGCUUUUCGAAGAAUUUGUCAGAUGGCUUUUGUGCGAAUGGAAAGCCGGCAACGAGUUGGACAUGCAUUGGACACCGAUUGCCAAUUUUUGCACACCGUGUCAAGUGAGGUUCGACGUAAUAGCGAAGUUUGAAACUCUCCACGACGAUCAAAAUUUUCUCAUAAAACACGCCCACGUAGAUCACAUCAUCAAACCGGAGUGGAAAAAUCCGACUCGCGGUACGCAGACGAAAAACGUUGUGAAAAGUUACUUCAAGCAGCUCACCAAAUCUCAAAUCCGAGAUCUUUAUCAAAUGUUCAGGUACGACUUUAUCCUGUUCGAUUAUUCGCCGGACGAUUAUUUCGAACUUGGAAGAGAAGACGAAGCGACGACUUUGUCGCCUAAAUAAUUAGAAAAACGAGACUUGGAAAAUCGCAUCCACUGUGAAGGUGAAAAUCGAGAUCGAAAAAACGGGGGAAAAAAUACGGAGAAAAGUGAGUGUGAAAGAAAAAAAAAAUAAUAAUAAUAAUUGGGACGCUGAUAGACACGCGACUGCAGCAGAUGACAAGGGAAAAUAAAAUGCGAAGACUGACGGCUCUUGGACGUGAGAGAGAAAAAGGAGAAGAUAUCGCAAAGACAGAAGGGGAGAAAUUACUGCAAGACACCCAUCUUCCACUUCUAUUGAUUUCACCCUUCCAGACAGCUAACUCAAGCCCUAAAAAUGCUUAAACAGGUUUCCCCUGUAGACACGAAAGCUUUAAUUAGAAACAAAAAUAUUUUCCCCCCUGAAACUUUGUUUCCAUCAUGAGAAAAGUAAAGUGUCGGGGAAAUUUUUUUUUUUUUUUUUUUAUAUCCAAAGUAACCGGGUGAGUGUAAAAGUACGAAUAAAAUAUAACGAAGUGCAGAAAAUUGAUAAGUUCAAAUAAAUAAAAAUGUGGAUACACGAACGUUAUCUAAUUGUAAGUUUUUAUCCAUAGCCUUAAUUGAUCGAUCGAUCCUCAAAUUACCAUCCAAAGAUGAUACAACAGAUAUUUGAAAAAUUUAUUAUCAGCACCAAUUUCAAUUCUCUCUCACUGCAAUAAUUGUAUUUUUAAUCUCUACUUCGAAAUGCGAUUUAACUAAUAUCUGAACUGCAGUUAAAAAUAACUUCUCCGCGUUGAGUAGUAAAACGAAAUGAAUAAUAAAUAAUAGCAAUAAUAAAUUAGGGAAAAGCAAAAUUAAACCGGCAACUGCACGAUAAAAUUUUCAAUACUAUAAGGUUGAAUUUAUACACUUUCCUUAAUCCGUCACGUGUGUGACGUGUGUUUUUGCGUGCAUUUCUGUGUAUUUUCAGACAAUUUUCAACCGUAGACUUUGCAGUUCAAUGAUUCGUUAAAGAA